UCUUCAUCUUCAUCUUCAUCUUCAUCUUCAUCUUCAUCUUCAUCUUCUCGUCUUGCCUCUUUUCAUCCGGUCUCGUAUCACGUUUAGUUCUUUCGCGUAUCUACCACGCGAACUGGGCGUUUUUCAAGAGCGAUUUCGAGCCUCCGUUCGAGGAUACCAACGGCGGAGCCAAUCGCGGUCGUUAAAUCGCGCUCGCGCCACGAGAGUCUGAAUCGCGGAACGGAUCGGCAGCUCAGAUUCGAAAAUCGGCUCGACCGGCGGGGAUUAAACGGCCGGUCGCGCGCCGUGUCCGCCGUCAUCUCGAUCAAUUUGCUCUUUCUCUUUGGCCAAAGCGGCGCUUACACGGUCGGUAUUGUUGCGCUGUAAUUUUGUCGACGCCGAUAUCGGGGCCAAUAAGGGUCAGGAUGCGACAGGGGUCACGGGAAUAAGCCACGAUCCCCUGUCGGCACACGGGAAGGGAACUCCGCGAUCAUGCGAUCGCGCGUGACAUUUCUCCUCGACGUUGAACGAUCGUCCGCUCCGACUCCGAGGUAGUGGAGCAAAACGGCCUAAUUAUCGGCGAUCAAACGCCAUCUUUAUGAUUUCGAACGGCGAUCCUCAUCCGAUUUUUAUAGGCAAAACCCCCGCGUCGCAAUCUCGACGCGCGAUAGAGAUUCGUUCGAAUCGAUUAAACGCGACGUCGCGUGUCGGCGAUCCGUCCCGCGCGUGGUUCGGGCUUAAGUCCGAACGGCCCUCGAAAAUGCCGGCGCCCUUGGUUUACUUUGGCACAUAACCUCAUCGCGCUUCACCGGACCUCCUUAGGAUUCGCUCGGAUUCGCGUGGAGUCGUGCGCCCGCCAUUCUUUCCUACAUUUUUCUCGUUCUCUUGGGAACGAGAGACGUUCCAAUCGACACGGAGCGACUACCCGCUCAUGCCUCGUGAAAGAGAGAGAGAGAGUGAGAAAGAAAGAAAAAAAAAAGCCGCGACUACAAGGGGAGAGAUCAUCUCGUCGCGUGUGCCGAGUGUCGACAGCGGCGUGUCCCGGGAGGCGAUCGGGAGUGCGCGAAAACCUCACGGAUGGUCUUCGCGGUGCAGCCCACCCGGUACGUCGCGAUCGAGAGAGUGUAGUGUGAGAUCAAUAAUGAGACAGGUGCUCUCAUUGGUGUAAAGCGAUGCGGCGGAGCUGAGAGUUUUGUCGGGCGGCACUAGGGCUCAUGAAAAGUGUAUUCGGCGCGCGUAACGACGCCGCCGCCGUCGCCGCCGCCGUCAAAGACCAACGUGUCGCGAGACAUUCGAGCGAGUUGGAUCGGUGUAAUUAUAAUGUAGUGCCAACUCUGCAGAUGGAUAAACAGGGAUGACUGAGAAUUGCUGGAACUCUGGUGGUGGCGCUGGCGUCAAGAUGGAGCACUUUCAGGCCACCCUGGACCCAAGGAAGCAGGAGUUAUUGGAGGCCCGCUUUCUCGGAGCGAGGAUGUCUGCUGGGUCACAAAUUCAGAUGGCACCCCAAACAACCGUAAACUCUGGUCAGACAGUUCAUAGUCAAGACUCGAACAUGAGCACUGGCUCAUCGCAUAGUGAUAAGGAGGUGGAUGCAAACACUCCAGAAAAAGUACCACGGACUCCUUCUGAGAGGAAAAGAAAACGUAAAGCCGAUGAUGGGGGUGGAGGUGUCGCAGGUGGCUCUGUAGCAAGUAAGGGUCCUAGGUCAGUUGCUGCUCUUGAUAAUAAGAAAAUCAAUGAGUAUUUUCCAAAACAUCAUCUGGGCAAUAGUCCUAUUCGGCAUGGUGGAGCCAAGAGCCCUUCUCCUCAACAGGGUUAUCCUAUGUAUCCGCCAUCGCCUCAACAGUUACUUUCACCACAAGUAACGACACCUAAUUCUUCGGUGGCUGAAUUCUCUUCGCUGAUGCAGCCACCGAGACCUCAUCCUCAACCUCCACCGCCUCCACCACCAGCUUCGUCGCAACCUGUAGGCUCGAUGGUCAGCAAGCAGGUGCAGACAGAACUUACUUGCCAGAGGAUACAGGAAUUCGAAACUCAAGCCUCUUCGGACUUAGAAUUACGUAACAACAAAAUUGAUGAAUUAAAUAGGACAACGGACGAACUUAGGCAUCAAAUGGCUAAUCAACAGAAAGUGAUUGAGCAGCACAAAUCACAUAUAAAUAAGUGUAUAGACGUUGUAAAGAAGUUAUUAAAAGAAAAAUCAAACAUAGAAAAAAAGGAGGCUAGGCAGAAGUGUAUGCAAAAUAGACUGAGGUUGGGUCAGUUCGUGACGCAGAGGGUGGGUGCGACCUUUCAAGAGAACUGGACCGACGGUUAUGCAUUUCACGAGCUUGCACGGCGGCAAGAGGAAAUAGCGACAGAACGGGAGGAAAUCGACAAGCAGAAGAAGCUGCUACUCAAGAAAAGGCCGUCGAAUAGUGAGACUGGCAGGAAACGUAGUCAACCGCAACCCUCCCUGCACAACGGCACCGAGGCGACGUUUUUGAAGCCAGAUGCAGUACCUGGGUCGUAUACGUGGCAGGAGUAUUAUGAAGCUGACGAAAUACUCAAGUUAAGACAAAGCGCGUUGAAAAAGGAAGACGCGGACUUGCAAUUAGAAAUGGAAAAACUUGAAAGGGAGCGAAAUUUACACAUUAGGGAGCUAAAGCGUAUUCACAACGAGGACCAAUCGAGAUUUAACUCCCAUCCUGUUCUGAAUGAGCGUUAUCUCUUAUUAAUGUUAUUAGGGAAGGGCGGUUUCAGCGAAGUGCAUAAGGCAUUUGACUUAAAAGAGCAACGGUACGUGGCUUGUAAGGUGCAUCAAUUAAAUAAAGACUGGAAAGAAGACAAGAAGGCUAAUUAUAUAAAGCAUGCAUUGCGAGAAUAUAAUAUACACAAAGCACUAGAUCAUCCCAGAGUCGUAAAAUUAUACGAUGUAUUUGAAAUUGAUGCCAAUUCCUUUUGUACUGUUCUGGAAUAUUGUGAUGGCCAUGAUUUAGAUUUUUACCUCAAGCAGCAUAAGACUAUUCCUGAGAGAGAAGCGAGAUCUAUUGUUAUGCAAGUUGUAUCGGCAUUAAAAUACCUCAAUGAAAUAAAACCCCCAGUUAUACAUUACGAUCUGAAACCAGGUAACAUUUUAUUAACUGAAGGCAAUGUGUGCGGCGAAAUAAAAAUCACGGACUUUGGUUUAAGUAAAGUCAUGGAUGAGGAGAAUUAUAAUCCAGAUCAUGGAAUGGAUCUAACGUCCCAGGGAGCGGGUACUUAUUGGUAUCUACCUCCUGAAUGCUUCGUUAUUGGUAAAAAUCCUCCUAAAAUAUCGUCCAAGGUUGACGUAUGGAGUGUAGGAGUUAUAUUUUAUCAAUGCCUAUAUGGUAAAAAGCCUUUCGGUCACAAUCAAUCGCAAGCUACCAUUUUAGAGGAGAAUACGAUAUUGAAAGCCACCGAAGUUCAGUUUGCGAAUAAACCAACCGUUAGCAACGAAGCAAAGAGUUUCAUAAGAAGUUGCCUAGCAUACAGGAAGGAGGAGCGCAUAGACGUACUGACACUAGCUAGACACGAAUACCUGCAACCCCCAGUGCCAAAACAUGGCCGCCAAGCGAACAGCCAGCAACAGCAACAGCAACAACAGAUCCAGCAGCAGCAGCAAAGCUCGUUCAAUAUCGGCAUGUUUAGUGGUAUGAACGCGUCGAGCAGUUCGUAGUGGAGAGGAAGGACUAAAGACAAAAUCCUCGAUAUAUACCAAUACAUGCCAAAUCUUGAGCGCUUGGACUGUGUACACCAUCUUAGGGAAAUAAUGAUUGCUAUAACCAAUUGUAAAUACUAAAAACCGGAUACUAUCAUCGUCACCACUCGUCACCACCCAUUACCAUCACUACCACUACCAUCACCACUACUAUCACCACCACUACCAUCAUCAUCAUCACCAUCAUUACAAACUACCACAACCAUCACAACUAUUACCACACUACCACCACACCAUCACAACUAUACUUACAGAAUCGAUUACAUAGGACAUUGCAAGAGAGAUGCGAGACUGGUCACCCGCAAGUCCAGAAGCUUGCGUCUUUCUACAAGCCACGCCACAUUAUUCAGCAUGACAAGAAACAAUGUUGUGUUCGUAAAUAUUCAAUUGUAUUAUCGUUCCUUGUAUCAAACAGUGCGAUGACUUGAUAAUAGUGUUUAAAAGAAAUGAAAGAACGAGAGAGAACGAACGAGCGUGCGAACGUGAAAAUAACAUGUGAUAAGUCAUUACAAGUUAAAAGUGACGUCUAGAAUAAGGGGGGAGGGGGGGAAAAUAGACAUGUGUGUGUGAGAGAGAGAGAGA